UGAAGAAGGGCUACCUAGUUGGUGAGAGUAAGAAAAGGGGUAAUUCAUGAUUGACUUGUCUUUUCUUUUUGAUAUUCAAUAGACUUGGACUAUACCUUUAAAAAAAACCUUGACCGGCAACAAUUCUUCAAGUUCAACUUGGUUUUACCUGCUACAGAUCAUUUCACUGAAUUGUAAAUCACUUUGCAAGAUCCCAUCUAUUCGCAGAGACCAAUCUUUUAGAGGUAGGAUGACUAUGUGUUUCAGGAUUAGGGCUACGUUGAAAUCAAAAGAAGAGAAAGCAUUCAUAAGGAAUGGAAGCAUAUUAUUACAGCAGCUCAUUGCCUUUUGUAAUGGUAAAUGUAAUCCUAUUUGUGGCUUCUCUGCCAAGGAGCUCAAGAGAGCAACAAAUAACUAUGACCUGAGACAACUUUUACAUGAGAAUGGAUUUUACAAGUUCUACAAAGGUUUUCUGAGAGACCAACCUGUGCUCAUUAAGAAGUUUAAAGGCAACUUUCAACGAAGCGAAGUUGUGUUCAAUGAGAUCGUGAUUGCAUCACUGAUGAGUAUCCAUAAGAAUGUGUUGAAAUUACUGGGAUGCUGCUUAGAGACUAAAGUUCCUACUUUAGUAUUCGAAUUUGCGGAGAGAGGAAAUCUUGAUGAUCAAAUUUCUAGUAAGAACAAUAAUUGUCAUGUUCAGCCUUUAUCGUGGGGAUGUAGAUUAAAAAUUGCAAUGGACAUUGCCAAUGUGGUAACUUAUCUCCACAAUUCAUUCCGCAGGCCUAUUGUCCAUAGAAAUAUCCACUGCUUAAAUAUACACCUGAGUGAACAUUGUACUGCCAAACUAUCAGAUUUCUCAGUGUGUUAUGCAGUUUCUGAUGAUGAAAUGGAUAUGAAAGAUGGAAUGGAAGGAAUAAUGGGACUUUCUACAGCUGAGUAUAUGGCUAAGCAGGAUGUUUGCUCUUUUGGUAUUGUUCUGCUAAUACUUUUGACAGGACAAAAAGAAAUCUGCAACGACCAUCUUGAAAACAAUAAAAGAAUCUAUUUAGCAGAUUAUGUGAAAAAAUAUGUACAUAACAAUAACUUCAAUGACAUUUUGGAUCCAAUGAUUUUCAGAGAGGAGAUGUUGGAGGAGAAAGAGCGGCAAGUAGAAGCUUUUAAAGUACUUGCCAUGAACUGCAUUUGUGAAUCACCAGGAGAUAGGCCAACAAUAACUGAUGUGGCAAAGGAGCUCAGGCGGAUCUAUCAAAUGCAGAGAUUCAAGUUCUCCCACAAUAUAGACUAGUCUAGAACUUGAGAUUUAUGUGUUGUUGGGGAAUUUGUUAAGCCCUGUUAAAGGCUUAUGUUUAGUUUGUUUAGUGUUCAAGGCAUAGUUUAAUUAAUAAAAACUCAAUAUUCAUGUUAUUAAAUUGCUAAUGUGUACAAGAAAUCUGAUUAAUAAAAAUCUGUUUGAGUCCAGAGAUAACAAGUUUCGGCAGAGAAGCAUGAGAAACCUGCCAUGUCAAUCAAAUACUGGAUUCAUGGUUGAAGUUGUCAUCUGAUUGAAUGAAGAAUAUAGCAGAGUUCAUUGUGCAUUUAUUUGCAUUCCCAUAUCCUCCAAAAUAUAGAUGAAGAAAUCUAAUUCCUCUAGGUCUUUGGGCAUUUCAAUCUGGGACAGAAAUUCGGUUGUGUCCGCUUAUUUUGUCUCAGAAAAACCCAUCAAUAUGCCUGCAACCAUCUGUU